AUGUACAGUAAAGCAGCAUGGGGGAAUCAGCACAAAGAAAACCAGAGUACUACUGAGGAAUUCAUCCUGCUGGGGAUGUCUGAUCAACCACAGUUGGAGCUGCUGCUGUUUGUGCUUCUUUUCAUCGGUUACAUGAUGACACUGCUUGGGAAUGUCACCAUCAUUGUCGUCUCCCGGCUGGACCCCCAUCUCCGCACACCCAUGUACUUCUUCCUCAGCAACCUCUCCUUCCUCGACAUCUGCUAUACUACCAGCGUUGGCCCCCAGAUGCUGGUGAACUUCUUCAGUACGCGCAAGGCCAUCUCCUGGGGUGGCUGUGUGGCCCAGCUCUACAUCUCCCUUGGCCUGGGUUCCACAGAGUGCCUCCUGCUGGCAGUCAUGGCCUUCGAUCGCUACGCUGCUGUCUGCCAGCCCCUGCGCUACGUGACAAUUAUCAGCCAUCACCGCUGCCUGCUCAUGGCUGCUAGUUCCUGGCUUGGUGGUCUGGUCAAUUCACUGGCACAGACAGUGCUAACUAUACAGCUGCCACGGUGUGGUCGGAACCAUAUUGAUCACAUCUUCUGCGAGGUGCCCGCCCUGCUCAAGCUGGUCUGUGCUGACACUUCUAUUAUUGAGAAUCAACAUGAAGGAAACCAGAGUACUACUGAGGAAUUCAUCCUGCUGGGGGUGUCCGAUCAACCACAGUUGGAGCUGCUGCUGUUUGUGCUCAUUUUAAUCAGCUACAUGAUGACACUGCUUGGGAACAUCACCAUCAUUGUCAUCUCCCGGCUGGACCCCCGUCUCCACACACCCAUGUACUUCUUCCUCAGCAACCUCUCCUUCCUCGACAUCUGCUACACCACCAGCCUUGGCCCCCAGAUGCUGGUGAACUUCCUCAGUACGCACAAGUCCAUCUCCUGGGGUGGCUGCGUGGCCCAGCUCUACAUCUCCCUUGGCCUGGGUGCCACAGAGUGCCUCCUGCUGGCAGUCAUGGCCCUCGAUCGCUACGCUGCUAUCUGCCAGCCCCUGCGCUACAUGACAAUUAUGAGCCAUCGCCUCUGCCUGCUCAUGGCUGCCAGUUCUUGGUUGGGUGGUCUGGUCAAUUCACUGGCACAGACAGUGCUAACUAUGCAGCUGCCACGGUGUGGUCGGAACCAUAUUGAUCACAUUUUCUGCGAGGUGCCUGCCUUGCUCACGUUGGCCUGCACUGACACUUCCUUCAAUGAAGCUGAGCUAUUUUCUGUAAGUGUGAUGCUCCUGGUGGUGCCUGUGAGCCUCAUUCUGAUCUCCUACGGCUACAUUGGUGCUGCUGUGAUGAGGAUCCGCUCAUCUGAGGGCAGGCACAAAGCCUUCAGCACCUGCACCUCCCACCUGGCUGUGGUGUCUCUCUUCUAUGGCCCAGCCAUCUACAUGUACCUGCAGCCUCCCUCCAAGGGUCAGGGCAAGAUUGCCUCCCUGUUCUACACAAUGUUCACCCCAAUGCUGAACCCCCUGAUCUACACACUGAGGAACAAGGAGGUACAUGGGGCCCUGAGGAGACUGCUUCGGAGAAAGCCAGGCCUUACAGGUUGGAGUUAGUCAAUCAACCUGGGGUCCUGUGUUCCCCAUGCCUCCUGCAGCAUUUCCCUUCA